UCAUUGCAUGAGCUGGUGCUACGAUCCAAUGGCGAGGAGCUGGCGCUGGAGACGCAGCUGCUGCUGCAGGAGGCCACGCAGGUGACGCAGCAGGCGGCCGUCGAGAGCGCGCUGGACGACGCCGGCGCGCCGCCGCCCGCCAACGAGUUCGAGGCCGCCAAGAGCGCGCUGCUGGCCAAGCUGCGGCGCAAGAAGGAGGCCAACCGCGCGCAGCAGCAGCGGCUCAACCAGCGGCGCUACGGGCCCGUGGCGCCGUCGACGGCCAAGAAGAGCCCCAAGAAGGCCGAGGAGCAGCUGUUCUCGCCCCGCAAGGCGCGCGCGCUCAACCUGCCCGUGGCCGCGACCACGGCGGCGAGCGCCAGCGGCCGCAAGAAGCAGGACAUGCUGGCCAGGCUCAGGACGCAGGCCAUCCAGCAGGGCGCGCAGAACAUGGCCAAGCUCUUCGGCUACGCGAGCUACGAGGAGCAGCUCAAGCACCUGAACAAGAUCGAGAAGAUGAAGAUCCUGCAGGACGAGAUGAAGGACAAGCAGGAGAAGGAGAAGGAGCAGCAACAGGGAGAAGAAGAAUAUGCUGAAGAAGAAGAGAAGGAAGAGGAGGAGGAGGAUCACAGUAUGGAAGUGGACGCAGAUGCAGAUGAUGCCCCGGAGCAGGAAGAAAGCAAGGCCGAGCCUGAGGUUGAAGGAGCGUCUGCUGAAGGUGAGGCGUCGUCGGAGGCUGCAGCGGGCAAGGUUUCGCCACGCAAGGCUUCUCCGAAGAAGUCUGUGGAGAACGCAGCCGAGCAGGACGAGCAGGAGAGUGUCAAGGUGGUGAGGAGACGCAACCGGAUCCAGAAGCAGGAUGCGGAGGAGGAGGACGGCAAUGAGGCCGACAGCGAGCAGGACGACAAGGACGGAGACGAUGCCGAUGAGGACAUGGAGGACGCCUCCGCUGCGGUUGAGGCUACAAACGAUGCGCAGGAGCCGGGGAACGACGCUGAGAAGCAUGGAGAGUCCUCUGAGUCAGCGAAGCCGACCAAGCCAAAGGAUAAGGCUGCAGGAUAUCGUAGGUUGCUGCAGGCUGAAGCGAUGCAGAACCGCAAGCGGAAGCGGCUGAUUAAGGGCCGCGGCGCUGACAACCUGGUCGAGUCGGAAGCCGAGGAAGACGAGGAGGAGGACGUCCUAAAGAUUGGCGGUCUGGGCGAUUUCGGUUUUGGCGUGCCUCAGGCCAAGACGCAAGAGUCCAAGGAAGCAGAAGAGGAGCGUAACGCGCUGAAGCUGCGCGAGGAUGACCUUGACCACAUUGUCGAUGACCUCUCGGACGACGAGCGCGCGCAGGAGCAGGACCUCGACGAAAUGUUCCGUCGCGAGCAGGAAGACCAGGAUCGCCAGCAGGUCAAGGAAGUCAUGCGCAAUGUGAAGGAGGGCUUCGGUCGCAAUCGUCGUGCAUUCUCCGGCCUGCACUCGGGCUCGGAAGCUCGUGGUCGCUUCAACCUGGACGAGCUGGUGGCUGCUGACGGCAGCAAGUUCGAGGCUGCUCGUCUGGGUCUGCUCGAGUCGGACGAAGAGCUCAGCGAAGGCGAAAACGGCAAAAAGAAGAAAAAGGUCAACGCUGACGGCGAAGAAGAAGAGGAGGAAGAAGAGGAGGACGAGGACGAGGAGGCCGAGAUGGAGCGUGUGCUACGUGAGCGUUUCACGAACCAGCCCAAGAUCUACGUGACUUCGUCCGAGUCCGGCAGUGACGAUGAAGAAGAGAACGAAGCCAAGAAGGACAACGGUCCUGAUGGUGAUGAGGUCGAGUCCGACGAGGAGCGCGAGCGACAGCAGAUGAAGCUCUUCUCUGAGCGCGCACGUAUCAACCGUCGUAUGCAGCGUAUGAAGGACCUGCAGCGCCAGAUCGCGCUGGAGAACAACGAAGCUGACCCCACCGCCAAGAGCAGUGCUGCAAUGCCGAAUCUGCUGCUGGAGGAGGACGAAGACUCACAGGAGCUGAUGCACUUGAUGAAGCGGACAGACGUGGACGCUACUGCUAAAAGCCAGACUGCCGCCGAGAAGACUCAGAAGAAGUCUCGGACCGACCGACCGCGUCCGAAGCUCGGUCGCUUCAACUCGUACGGCGGCAUGACAUCCGCGUCUCGGAGCUCCUCGUCGUUCAGCCGCGUGGUCGGUCACUGCAAGCUGUUCAGCGCCAACUCGUCUGGAGGUGCUGCGUCUUCCAAGGGUUUCGUGUUCACCUCCUUCAGCUCGGACAAGGCCGAGGACGGCGGCAACGAGAACGCCGCGCCCAACAACGACGAGGUCGUGCCCGCUGCGCGCCCGGAGCUGGGCAAGAGCAAGAGUUGGGGCGGCUCAAAGGCAGCAACGAAGCGUCCCGGCGCCGGCAAGGCCGCGGCGUCCAACAAGAAGCGCAAGACUGGCGGCCUCUUCUCGGUGCUGUCCUCGUACCAGUGUGUCUCCAGCACGAGCCAGAGCCAGGAGUAA